AUGUUACGUCCUAUGGCAAUAACUUUCGUAAGCAUUCCCCUGGAAAUCCUGCUGGUAUUCGUUUUUAAAUCGACCGAAUGCUACGGAAAUUAUCAUUCAGUCACCUUAUCGACUGAAUCCACGGAUCAGUAUCGAUAUUACAACGUUGGCGUCCUUAUGGCGUCGCAUCUGGAUUCGCCAUUCGAUCUGGAACGAUGCGGACCAGCAGUGGACCUUGCCCUUGAAGAAAUCAACGACCGUUUUCUUGCACAUCACAGGAUCAAAUUACGUAAAGUUCAAGCAAGUUAUCCUUCUUGUAGUGGUGCUAGAGCACCAGGUUUAGCGGCUGAUAUGCAUUUUCGAGACGAUGUCAUCGCGUUUAUAGGACCGGCUUGUAUGUUUGCUUUGGAACCAGUGGCAAGAUUAGCUGAUUAUUGGAAUACGCCGAUUAUAACAGGAAUGGGAGAUCAGCCACCUUCCGAGGGGGAAUUAUCAGUUACAUCAGGAAUUUUGGGAAGAUUGAGGAGUAGGAACGAUACAGCUGUAAGUAUUUAA